GAGGCCACCGUACUGGGUAACCCGGAACUGAACUUAACUCUCAACUGGAAGUUCUUUCAUUUUAGCUGAAGAACGAGACUUGUCUGGAUAUUUUUUUUCCCACGGUGACUGUCUGUGGACCACGUCCGUUAAACGAACUCGUCUUCGUGUCCUGAGGAGGAGCCGUGCCGUGCCGUGCCGUGCCGCGCCCCGACACCCCGACACCCGGGGGCACGUGGCGACCGCUCGUCCUGUAUUUGCCCGGAACAAUCAGAUGUAGCCGUGUUUUUCUGGACGUCUCCGUCGGACACUGGGGAGGUAAUUUGUCGUCCGCGGCCUACCGAACUUUGUUGCGGUCCUCGUCGGGGACAGCCAUCAGCCUGAAGGUAAAGCAGAGUUGUCACGAAGUGUCGACGCGUGUCGUGUUGCGCGUGUCUGCGUCACUCGGUUGGGAUCUAACGUGAGCGCGGACCGGAGCCAGCGAGCGGCAGUCACAACAACCCCGACGGGCAGAUCAGAGGGGAGACGUGGAUUACGGGGCCGAGGCACAUCCGUGGCUGUUCGGUCCGCGAGCACCCUGCCGGGGACGUGGUCAGCGACCACACACCGACGAUCUGUUGUUCGUGUCCACAUGACAUCGUUAGCGCGCUAGCUCCCGACCGCUAGGCGCCUAGCCAGUUGCUAGCAGCACGUCCAUCUCUGUCGUCGGGCUGGGUGUCGAGGACGGAGUCUGGUUCCUGCAGGCUUCAGGAGACGGUGUGUUGGUUGUCUGAACCCCGGCUCCUCUGUUCGCAGACACGCGGGUGUCAGUGGAAGGCAGCUACAUUAGCCUCAGCUAGCAUCGCAAUUCAAACGGCCUGGUUGUCGGAUCCGCACGGUGUGUGUUUGUUGUGUUGUUGCCAACUCAUCAGUUGGAGCAAAGAAAGACGUCGAAGUUGCAGGGAUUCGAGAACCCCUCAUCACCAUCGGGUCCUGAGAUGACAUCACAGCAGCCUCAGCUCCCCAAUGCCGUUAUUCCUCCCCAGCUUGACCAGAACUACUCUGCUCAGCAGGCCCGGCCUCAUCUGCCGGCCAAUCAGCUGCACUCGAGCCAGAGCAGUGGGAACGCGGGGCCCCUGGAACACAGGGCGCUUACAGGCAGGCCGGGCUGCUCCGGUGCGUCAGUGGCCAGUGGGGCGGUGGCCAGCAGGAAUGUUUCUGCCUCCCGCACCAAGUCCAGCUUAUCCAGAAGAGAUGGGGGGUUUGAACCGUGGCCCGAGGAGGCAGUAGACAACUCCCAUGGGCUGUACUCUCUUCACCGCAUGUUUGACAUAGUUGGAGCCCAGCUAACACAUCGGGAUGUGAGGGUACUGUCAUUCCUGUUUGUCGACGUGAUUGAUGAGUACGAGCGUGGUGGCAUCAGGAGUGGACGGGAUUUCUUGCUGGCCCUGGAGCGCCAGGGUCGCUGUGAUGAGACUAAUUUCCGGCAUGUUCUCCAGCUCCUAAGGAUUAUAACCCGCCAUGACCUUCUGCCUUACGUCACACUCAGGAAACGACAGGCCGUAUGUCCAGACCCUGUUGACAAGUACCUGGAAGAGACAUCGGUGCGCUACAUCUCACCAAGGGGAACACUGCACAGCAAGGACACGGCUGUUCACAGAAGAACAGGUCCUCAGCCAGUCAUCUGCUGUUCGCCGUCAGGACCCCACGUUGGCCCUCCCCGGACGAAGCCAGCACCUCCCAUCACAAACCGCAAACGGAAGAGAAGUCAUUCCUCCGCUGACUGCAGAGAGAAGCAAACAUGUGAUAUCCGCCUCCGGGUUCGGGCCGAAUACUGCCAGCACGAGUCUGCGCUUCAGGGAAACGUGUUCUCCAACAAGCAAGAGGCAGUGGAGCGACAGUUUGAGCGCUUCAACCAGGCCAACACCAUCCUCAAAUCCCGAGACUUGGGCUCCAUCAUCUGCGACAUUAAGUUCUCCGAGCUCACCUACCUGGAUGCCUUCUGGAGGGACUACAUCAACGGAUCAUUGCUAGAGGCCCUUAAAGGUGUCUUCAUCACAGAUUCCCUAAAACAGGCCGUUGGCCACGAGGCGAUAAAACUGUUGGUCAACGUUGAUGAGGAGGACUACCAGGCCGGACGACGCAAACUGCUCUGUAAUUUGGUCACAGGAGGUGGGGGCCCUCCGGGAGGUAGUAAAGACUCUGUAUCUUAGACACACCCCAAGGUAGACGCUCACGUGAGGGGGGCUGCUGUGCCUCCGCCACAGGGAAUAGAUUGAGAUGUGGUGGUCAUUUGAGGUGCCUGAAUUGUGUGUCUGAGUGGAACUGAAGACUUUUCCAGUCACCCCAUUGAUUCCUCGAGAGCUAAGUUCAUAGGAUAUCUACUUGGCACCCAUAAGCGUAGCAUGCAAAGUGUUAGCAAAAAGAUGUAGGCGAUGCGUACAGGUUGGCGUUACGUUGAAUCCAGAGCCGUUCAUUUUCUCCGAGGAGGAGAAUGCUGAUCUCAUGUGCGGAUUGAAGUCGACUAAUUUCUGGUUCUGGUAUGUUAGCUCAUCAAAACACAUUUGUUUAACUCUCCACUCCUGUUCCAAAGUGGAGCAAUGUUCAACCCAGGACACGUGCUCAACGCCGACGAGUUACUCCCAGUGGGAGUUGUACCUUUUAGUCAAACAGGUUUGUCCUUUUCCAGGUUCUUCAGGUACAUCACAGAUUGAUUGGAUGGACCCAAUGAGGGAGUGUUCUGUAUGUAAUAGAGAGGUGGCGACCACAGACGACUUACAGUUUUUGUCGUUUUCCGUCGGCUCACUGCCCGACUUUCCCAACACUUUGCAGAGCGACCUUCUCUGUAAAGAUGAACCCUGUCAGAGCCUUUUUAUGGUUCAUAUUUGGUCACCGUCAACAUUAUUGUGUCUUUGCUUUCUCUCAACCAGUUGUUCACUUUACUCGACACCAACAGCUGUGGCCCUAUUGGAUGUUUCAGUUGUCCAGUCACUGCCAAUAUUUAUUUGUGGAUCGUUCCGAUGUGUCCAAUGGUAUCCAGCGCAAACACCCAAGUCGUUAGCUGGUGUUGUGGAUUUGUGAAUCAGUGCCAGUUUCAUGAACCGCCUGUACCGCUGGACCUCCGCUCACUUAGCUUCUCACUCAUUCUCACUUGUGAUAGAACUUUGAACCUAGUAAGUAACGAAUCCACAGCAGGCGAACGUCACAGCCUUGUGCAAAUGAAAGUAAUUCACUGGUGUUUUGUCUGUGAAGUGUAAAGUUGACCCUCCACAGUUUAGCACAUGCGUCCUGAGCGGCGAUGUUCUCGAAGUCGCGCACCACUUUUACAGUACAGCUUGAAAUGCUUAUCAACCAAAAUGGGAGCUUUUAUUCAUUUGUUUUUAGUUUCCAUGGAGUCGGGCGGGUUGACGGGAGGCAGUGUGUUUGGUGGCUGCCUGUAAUAAGUAUGUGUUGACAGUAUUACCGAUCAAAGCUUUCAUUUAUAUACUUCCCCACGAACAGGCCAUCAUCACGGAUCCAUUAGAGAUGAGAGCUGCUUGUUAUGCUGCCUUUCGUGGCUGCACAAUCACACCCACUAUGCCACCUAAGAUUACUGUGACGACGUCCUUUACAUUCCGUCUGUCUGUAAUUGCCGAGCGCAGCAGUAACAGUGCGGUUGUGGUUCCAGAAACACUUUUUGAAUCGCACACUGGACAUUUGCAUUCAAUGUAAAUUGUGAGCUGUGGAAUUCCGUGGACACACUUACUUGUGAUGCUGGGCCGCGGCAGACGCCGACAUCAUCAUGUAGUCAAACAAUUUCAAUGAAACGUAAAGCAGAACAGAAUUUGACCGUGUGAAAGGUCAUUACUGGUCACUACAUCAGGCACUGGUUUAUUGUUUGGAAAUGUUUAAUCACAGUUAAAUGUCAAAGAUGAAGUAUUAGCAUAAUGCUCUUUUGUGAUGAGAUGAUUUAGAUUUUGUUACAAAAGUAACUUAGGGACUGAUUUGAGAAACAUGCUUCUCUAAUGCUAACGUUUGACUUCCAUCUGUUACUCGAUCCAAAUAGCCAAAAAUACAUAUAGGCUCAUUCAUUUGCAAUUAAUGUUGGAAUGAUUUGGACGCAGUCCGUCACUUAACUUCACAGUUCUCACACCCUGAUGUUUUUAUUAGCUGCUUUGCAAAUGUGCAUCUUUUUCUUUUUUUUGCCAAAUCAAUCAGAUUUUGCCUCCGAUUUUAAAAAUGUAAUUGAACUAUUGUCAGUUUUCCACCGGUCAGUUCAGUGGCGGACUGACAUUCAGCAGUUUGCUUUUAUGUUCCCUAUUAAGAGUUCUAUAUGUGUAUUUACCAAAUAUAUCCUCCCUGCUAAAGAUGCCCUCUCUUCUAUUUGCUGUCAUAGCAUCCAUGGGUACAUGUGAGAACAUGCGAGUCCUGAUUGACAGGUGACCAUCACUCUGAAUUAUAUAGAGUUGGCCUCCAUUUUAUAUUUUUACCCCAGUUGAAUUUCAUAAGUUUGCGAGUUCGUAUCUUAUUAUAUUGGUUGGUGUAUGUUCUGUUGACUGUACGUUAUGUUCGUUGUUCAACGCAGCCGUCUUUUAAGCAACAUUGCAUGUAACCUGUGAUGAUCUCCACAAGUCUCAUAGACACUCACAUUCUGUAAAUACCUAUUGGAUGUCUGGUUUUCUUACUUAAGUUUUGCAAUUUCUUUCAAAACUGGCAAGUAGGACUGUUAAUAAAUGAAAUGGAUGGGUUUUGUUGGAA